AUGGCUUCUUCCGAGGUUGAUCAGAAGUUCCUCGGGAAGUGGGCCAAAGCUGUCGAGACGGACAAUCCUCUAUUGUCGUCGAUGCUCUACAAGAUUCUGGGCCUCUCUCUCAGCCUGGCGGAGCAGCUUGUCGUCGCGAAAAAACAACGUCGUCCUGAUCCUUCCCGCGCGCCACAGUCACUCGACCUCAUCUUCCACAUAAUUUGGCUUUCGAGAGAAGGCCUCGUUAUGCUUCAGCAGUAUGUAAUACCUAUGGUCGGUAACCACACUGAGCUUCGAGUUUUGGCCUUGAAACUGCGAGCGUCGUUCUAUCACAUCUUCGUCCUAUUCCAUAAUAAGCCGGCCGUUUCGACAAUGGGCAUCUCGACUCCCGACACCAUGGCUGGUCUUACGCCACCGAGACUGGACAAAGGCAAGGGAAUCGCGAGGGAGGACUGGAACUCAUCACAAGGUUCCAUACAGCCAACACAUGCUCUCGAGGGUGGCCCGGUGAACCCUCCACCGGGAUUCGCGCCUCGAAAAGGGGCAGACCUUCCCGCCGCCUUCUUAGAACCGCCGCGAGACUUCCUCCCUGAGGCCCACAAGUACUUCAAAGACGCCAUCGCCCUUGCCGACGAGCACCUCUGGGGGUCGCACUCAUUGCGACUCUCGGUCAAGACGGAGUACGCCGCCUUCCUAUACGACUGUGUUCACGAUGCCGACGGAAGCCGCAAGCUGGCCAAGGACACCAUUUCCGAGGUGUACGAAGCAACGGAGGGCAUGGACGAUGAUAUGUUCUCCGACGCCUGCGAGUUGGUCACCGUCUUGGGGAAGAUGAUGAAGCGUGGCCUGGGAUCCAGCAACAACACGUUGACUCAAGGACCGAGUCCCAGUCCGGCACCGCCAGGCACCACCAUGGCACCCGGCAUGGAGAAUCCAAUUUGA